UUCUUUGGGACGGCAAGUCUUGAAGACCAAAGUUUUGGAUAUCUGAGUAGCGAUGGCGGACGGGAAGUGCACUGCUGAGGAUAGGUACUUGAGUAAAAGUGGAAGGUGCUGCGAUCGAUGCCCCCCAGGUCAGUUGGAGGGUCACACAGCUACUUUACUCUGGUGUUUUUGAACCGUGGGUGCCUGUAUGCUUUUGUUGGCUCAUCAGGAAGCUAUGUGCAAGCCGACUGCGACGUUGCCAUGAAGACUCGGUGUGGUGAAUGCGGACGUGGACUCUACACGGCCACCAGAAAUCAUUUAAGUAGCUGCAUGGUGUGCAGGCAGUGCAGCGGCAGCAACAACCAGAAGACACUAAAGCAGUGCACGGCUGACAAGGACACAGUGUGCGGGUGUUUGACAGGUUUCUUGUGUGACCGUGAGCCAUGCGAGGACUGCAUUCCCGCCACCUUGUGCCCUCCGGGAUCAGGGUUGAAAGUUCAAACCACAGAGGUUAAUGAUGCAAUCUGUGCUCCGUGUGAAGAGGGCACCUACAAUAACGUGUCGGAUUUCCAAUCAGCCUGUCAAAUACACACCAGGUUAGACAUCUUGGAAUUGUUAUUAUAUUGUAUAGAAUCGGGUGUAUUGUUGUUGUGUUUUAUUCACAGGUGUGAGGACUUGGGGCGAGAGUUGAAAACCCGAGGAACGUCAACUUCGGAUGCCAUCUGCGGGGACUUAAAGUCUGGUUGCUCGUGGAUAUUACCUGCAGGCUUGUGGUUGGGCUUUGUGCUGACCAUACUGGCUGUAUUAGGACUGAUGUGCUGGACUGCUAAACGCAAAGCACGCAAAAUGGCCAGGUCAAGCAUUCCUGUUCCUUUGGUAACGACGGCUUCAGUCAUCACCGACAGCCUGAUGGAGCCUCCGCUACCAAACCCAGCACUAUACGAUCUCUGCCAAAAGAGUGAUGUGCCAUCGGCGUGCCAACUUAGCAUAUUUAACCCAGAUGAUAGUGCAAUCAACCACAGCACAGAAGACAAAAUGGACCUUCGUACUACACUUAUGACUGACUCCUCGGACCGCUGCAAUGGGACUGAUGUGUACCACAGGAGCUACUCUGAGCCACAGGAGAACGAGUGGUGUGGAACAUGAGUGUAGUUUGUUUGGGAGUAUCCAUUCUAUUGUCAUUUGCACAUUCAUACACAAGACAGAUUAAAUGUGUCUUGGAAUGUGUGGCACUGCCCCCUGCAGGACAGUUGUGGUACUGACAGUGUCACAUAAGGGGUUGACGUUUAUUGUUUUCAGAAACAUAUCGAAUUUGAAAUUAACAGUUCAUUUUAGUGUAUUUAUGAAUCAAAAUGUAAUCACUUAAUUACACUCAUUGGAGACUUCAUUAGUUACACUUGUCACUUAUCAAAUGCAGAGAUGAUCAAAGUGUAGUAUGAGUACUACUGUACCAGUACAAGAUACAAUGAGCACUAUAUGCAGGAUAUGUAAAUACAGCUCUUGCAUUGGAGUGUGUGAGACUAUGGAGGUGUACCUACUAAAUGUCCAGUGUGUGUAAUAUAUAGUCUUUUUCUUUUUUUAAUUCAAUAAUCAGAAUAAUAACUGGAAAAUAUUUAGCAAUAUACUCUACAUUAAUAUUUAAAAAAUAAUAUAAUAUAUAUUAUAUAAUAUAUAUAUUAGAUAUAAUUACAGUAAACCUCGGAUAUAUCGGACACGGAUAUAUCGGAAAUUCACUCACAACGGACAGAUAAAAAAGAACCGAUUUUUCUGUAAUGCAUUUCCAAUAAAAAUUCAUUGCAUAUAUCGGAUUUUUUAUAACGGAUUUCGCCUAUUCGCCUAAAAUCUCCAGUCCCGUUCCAAUGCAUUUCCAUUAAAUUUCCCUCGCAUAUAUCGGAUGGCCGCAUCGUGGCGCUCCGAUUCGCCAAAUCGUGACAGGCCGCUAUACGACGUCAUUUGCAGCGUUUGCAGCGUUGCCUGCGCGUCCAGGUACAUUGGAAACAUAGUCAAGGAAGUGCCUUUUUAUAACGGAUUAAAUCCGAUUUACGCAUAUACCGGAUAUAAAUCCGAUAUAUGCGUAAAACGGACAUUUUCCGGUAUACGCAUAUAACGGAUUUCGCUUAUAUCGGACAAAACCAGUGGGAACAAUUGAAUCCGAUAUAUCCGAGGUUUACUGUAUAUAUAAUAUAAAUAUAUAUAUAAUACCGCGACCCUCGUGAGGAAAAAGGGGUAGAAAAUGAAUAUAUAUAAUAUAUAUAAUAUAUAUAAUAAAAAAUAAAACAAUAAUAAUAAAUUAUUAUUAAGGAGUCACAUUUUUUUAAUUCAUUUUUUUACGUUAAUUAACCAAAUUCUUCCAAAGUUUUGGGAUUAGGGUUUAUCAUUUACACUGUUUAUUUUCAACUACACAUGCAUUUUUUUGCUGAUAACAUGUUCAAAUCCAAUGAUGAUCAUGCAUUGUACAAUAAGCAUAUUCAGCUACAUCCACAAGUGUAUAGACAGUGACAGAUGUUGCACCACUGUCCAAAACCCUUGUGAAACCUAUUCUUUUACGGAAUGUUUUACACGUACUGUCUCUGUUAUUGGUACCAUACCACACAAACAUUCACCCUCAUUCUAACAUUUCAUAAUAGUGAUUAAAAUCCAUGUACCUUGAUGAUUUUCUAUACAGAAUAAACGAGGUUAA